AUGGACGCCGACGAAGAGAGACGUCGGCCGCAUGGAAACCGGCUGGUGCCUGCGGCGCGCCGCCUGGCCGGCGCACAUCCCGACGCGCGCUGUCUGGUGGUCGACGACCCGGAACUGACGCGCGGACUGACGGGCCCGCUCGCCUAUCGGCUGAGCCGCUUUCUGCACCGGUCGGUGGCGGUCGUCGCCUACGAUGACGGAGUGAUCAGCGGUUCGAUCCGCAGCCCGGACGACGGUGCAGAUGCGCUGCAGCUCCUGGCGGAGGCGGGCAGCCUGCUCGCGACGCGCGGCGGCCACCGGAGCGCCGCGGGCUUCGCGGCACCGGCACGCGCCCUGGCGGAGCUGCGCCGUCGCUGGUCCAGCCUGCCGGGCACCGGCAGCGACACCGGCGGCGGGGAUGAGCCGGGACGGGUUCUCGAUGCGGAACUGCCCGCACAAGAGCUGACCCCGGAGCUGGAUCGGCUCAUCACCGCGGUCGAGCCGACCGGGAUGGACAAUGGCCCGCUGGUGUUCCGGACGCGUGGACUACGGGUGGCGGACGUGAGCCUGUUCGGCCGCGGGUCCGAGCACUGCAAGCUGUUGCUCGAUGCCGGGGCGUAUCGCUGGCCGGCGCUGCACUGGGGCGCCGGCUCCACCGCAGGCGAGAUCGUCCCCGGCGACCUCGUGGACGUGGUGUACCGGCUGGGAACCGAGCUAUGCGGACGGCGAGCGCCGGCUGCACAUGGUCGUGCUCGACCUGUGCCGAUGAUGGAUGUGGCUGCGACGGUUUGA